UUUAUGAUGAUGUAGGCUUGGCUAUGGCUUAUUCAAAGUAUCUAGUGCUCUGUGUCUGAACAGUUUUUUUAGUCCUAGUUUACUAACUUAAUUGAAUUCUUAUUGCUUACAAAGUAAAAAGUUACCAUGUCUGUAACUGAUGGAGCCAGUGGAGGGCUUGUUUCCGAGGAGGUGGGACCCAUGACUCAACAAUUGUCCAGCCAACCCCUUCCUUGUUAUUCCUACAAAAUGAACUACCCAAGAAGGGGGACUGCAAUGAUCAUCAACAAUGAAAGAUUUACAAAUAAUCUACCACAGAGAACAGGAUCCAGCUUAGAUGCAGACAGAUUAUACUCACUUUUUAAUCUCUUGAAGUUUGAAAAAAUCAUCCAGCUAGAUGACUUGAGAGUGGAAGAAAUGAAAAAUGAGCUUACUAAAAUUGCUCAAGCUGACCACUCCAACAGUAGCUGUUUUGUAUGUGCCAUUUUGACUCAUGGCGAAGAAGGUUACCUCUAUGGUACUGACGACAAGCUGAAUGUUGGGGAUCUGUUAGCACCUUUUAAGGGUAACAGAUGCAAAUCCCUUGCGGGCAAACCAAAAAUAUUUAUUUUACAGGCUUGCAGAGGAGAUGACCUGGAUGAUGGAGUAAGCACUGGGGAUUCAGGAUUUGAUGCUAGUGAUGCAGGGGUUUUUGACACUCCAAUGCAAGAAUUUGAGGAAGACAUUGACGAGAGGAAAAUACCAGUUGAAGCUGAUUUCCUCCUGGCGUAUUCAGUUGUCCCAGGAUAUUAUUCUUGGAGGAAUCCAGACACAGGCUCCUUCUUUAUUUCUGCAAUAGAUGAAGUUUUUAGAGAAAACUGGCGCAAGCUGGAUCUUCUAACCAUGUUUACCCGAGUCAACUAUAAAGUCGCUCAUGAUUUUGAAUCUUUAACCAGGGAUGCAAACCGUUUAAAAAAGAAACAAAUGCCUAGUAUUACUUCUAUGUUGACAAAAGAUGUGUUUUUUUGAAGUUGAAUAGUGUAGCAUUGGAUUCAAAGAAAUUAGUAAAAGGAUAUUAGAGCAGAUAUUUUUUUUGUAAUCUCAUUUACACAAAAACGCUAGAAAUUUAGGCUAGGUAUACUAUUAAUUGCGUCAAAUUAUUCAAAUAUAGGCUCAGGUAAUGUUUUAAGUGCAACUAUGUAACGUUUACGAGCUAAUUGCUAAAUUUGAUUUAAAAUUGUCUGUUUCUUGUUUUCUGUUUGUUAGAUUGUUAAAGCUGCUGUAUUUAUUUAUUUCCAAUCAUUAGUCUUGUGUUUAUGAAUAGAAAAGCUAUUUUAAUUAAAAGAAAUGGUUAUCAUUGGAUAAUUUACAGGAACUACUGUUAAAAAAAAAAGCCAGUACUUGAACCUUCUUAGUAAAUUAAAUGCAAAAUUAACUGUAAACAAUUUUUUAAAAGUAUUAUAAUUUAAAUGCUAAUAUUUCAUUACUUGAGGGGGGGGGUGUGACCAGAAAUUGUGUGUAAGCCUUGAAAGGAAAAAAUGGUAACACUACAUAAAUUUCUGUAUAUUCGUAUGCAGUAUGGCAUACAUUUAUCUACUAAAUUAGUAUUUAACAGGCUUUGUACAUUACAUUUAUUGAAAGUUAUUUUCUUGAUGUUGUCUUCAUUGUUAACUGAUUCAAUGAUUUUGUUGGACACAUUUGUGUUUGUUACCAUUGUUUGAAUACUCAUUUCAUUUACAAGCAUACAUUGUCUGAAAUAUCUGAUGCACUUUUUAUCCUAUGGUUAUGUUCAUAAGAAACCUCAUUAGUUAUGUCUAUGAUUGUUUAGUUAAAUGAUUGCCUUUUUUUUACAACUGUCACGGUAUGUUGUCACCUAAAAGCUUGAAACUAGUGUUCCCAUUUUUUGCUAACAUACACAUUUACUGUGUUAUGAGAUUAUUAUUAAACAAAUAAAAGAUAAGUAAUACUAUAGCUUCUAAAAUUGAUGUAUACUACAACUUAGGCCUAGCGGUAGAGAGCUAGACUGCUAACCCAUGAGUCUUGAGUUCAGAUCUAGGUUCCAGUAGAACAUCUCUGAGUCCACCCAGUUCUGAUGGGUACCUAACAAAGGCGGCUGGGCAUAGUGCUGACCACACUAUACCAUCAUAUACCGAGGUCUUUGAAGCAGAUGAACUCUACUUCAUCUUCCCCCGUGUGUCUUAAGCACGAAAAGGCAAUAAAGAUGGUAAUUAGUUGCAACUUGAUAAACAAUGUGAUAAAAGAUUAUAGUUUAUAUACAUUUGCUGGAUUGCUGGUUCUUACAUUUUUGGCUCACAGAAUUUAAGCCAGUUUUCUUUUUAAAAGAUUCUGAACAAAAUAUUAAAUAGCAUUUUGUUUUGUUGACCUUAAUGCAGUCAACACCCAAUUGUAAAAACUUACUAGGACAAACAUUCAUGCUGUAAAUUAUUGUACAUAGUACAUACUUGUAUGUAAUUUUUACCACAAAAUAUUUACAUAUGCAAUGGUCCCUGCUAGAAAUUAUUUUUUGUGAUUGUUUGUCAUAUUUUCAACUUUUUGGGAAAAUGAUCUCUAGCUGGGAUGUUAUUGCUACUUUAUCUGGUCAUAUGCUGUGCUUUGAGAGAAGCUUUUUAGCUUUAUUUACACUUGAGAUAUAUAUUUCCUCCUUAAUUCUAAAGCAUCAAUUUAAAAAUAAAAUAUUGUCCUUUUCACAUGAAAUUACUUUAAAAAUAAACUUUUGGUUAAAAUAAU